GCACCUCUUUGCCCAUUUCACUAGUACCAAUGGUGGGAUAAGAUCAAUUCAAAGACAGAGGAUUGUGCGUGGAAUCUCCUAUCCGUCAAUUUGAUUGAUCUUGCAAGGAAGAGUUGCUGAUUGCAUCAGAGCUAUCACUUAUUGCACUGCUAUCCACCUGGUGCUUUGAGUUUUUGAUUGACAUUUCUAAUGACCUGGACCGGAUUUCCUGAUGGAUAAACUGUAGACAGUAUUUCAUUCAAAGGAAUUUCUAUAGGCCAUGGCUGUCUAGCAAGCUGCUGUGAAACUCUUCCCUUUUAGUAACUGCACUACAACAGUGCCAACAAAAUGCAGAAGCAAGUGGAGAUCAGAAUGCAUGAGAAUCAUUUGGACCCUCCUACAACACCUGAAGAGCCCAUGUGUGGAGGCUUAUGUGGCAAACUCAGGAAGAACUUGCUACUUACGCUCACAAUCCUUGGUGUGAUAGCAGGUUCAGUAGUUGGUAUGCUACUGCGGUACGCAUCACCACUCCCCGCUGAUGUCAUUAUGGUCAUUGCCUUCCCGGGUGACAUUCUCAUGAGGAUGUUAAAAAUGGUGAUUUUGCCUCUGAUCAUCUCAAGUUUGAUCACAGGAUUAGCAGGGUUGGAUGCCAAGUCCAGUGGUCGUUUGGGCACAAGGGCCAUGGUGUACUACAUGUCUACCACCGUCAUCGCAGCUGUGCUUGGGGUGAUCUUGGUGCUCCUCAUCCACCCCGGUAACCCCAAACUGAAGGCAAACCUGGGUGAAGGGAAAAAGAAUGAUGAAGUGUCCAGUUUAGAUGCCUUGUUUGAUCUCAUCAGAAAUCUGUUUCCAGAAAAUCUUGUUCAGGCUUGUUUCCAGCAGAUCCAGACUGUUACUAACAAAGUAGAAGUAGCUCCUCCUCCAGUUCCAACUCGAUUUGGACGAAAUUCUACCAAGGGUGCAGCAAAAUAUGUGAUCAAGAAGUCUCUUCAAUUCAAGAGCGGCAUGAAUGUGUUAGGUAUCAUUGGGUUCUUUGUGGCAUUCGGCAUUUGUAUGGGAAAGAUGGGAGAAAAGGCCAAGCUGAUGCUCGAUUUCUUCAACGUUCUCAACGAGAUCGUUAUGAAGCUUGUCGGCAUGAUCAUGUGGUAUUCCCCCGUUGGUAUUGCGUGUCUGAUCUGUGGGAAGAUUAUUUCAAUUAAUGAUCUGGAGGUGGUGGCCAGGCAGCUUGGAAUGUACAUGGUCACUGUCAUCGUUGGACUUUUCAUUCACGGAGCCAUUUUCCUUCCCUUAAUAUAUUUUGUUUUUGUUCGGAAAAACCCAUAUACAUUCUUCAUGGGAAUUUUCCAGGCUUGGGUCACCGCUUUAGGAACAGCUUCUAGUGCUGGGACAUUACCUGUCACUUUCCGCUGUCUGGAGGAAAAUCUGGGCAUUGACAAGAGAGUCACUCGAUUUGUAUUACCUGUUGGAGCAACGAUCAACAUGGACGGUACAGCGCUUUAUGAGGCAGUAGCGGCCAUCUUUAUUGCCCAGAUGAAUGGAAUAGAACUUGAUCCUGGUCAGAUAGUGACAGUCAGCCUUACAGCGACUCUCGCUAGCGUAGGAGCAGCCAGUAUUCCCAGUGCUGGUCUGGUGACGAUGCUUCUGAUCUUGACAGCUGUGGGACUACCGACUCAAGACAUCAGUUUACUGGUAGCAGUCGACUGGUUACUGGACCGUUUCCGAACAUCAGUCAAUGUCGUUGGUGACUCGUACGGGGCGGGAAUCGUGUACCACCUCUCCAAAGAUGAGCUCGACCUAUUUGAUGCGCAGCAAAGGCCAGAUGACUUUGAGAUGGCCAAGACACAAUCUUUUUUUGAGAAUAACACUAACCACGGUGUAUAUACAUCUCACAACUCCUAUCAGCCGGUCCAGAUAGAUGACUGCAAGGUAACCUUGGCCUCAAAUGGUUCCCCUGCGGAGUUCUCACUUGUUGAGGAGGAACCAUGGAUACGCGAGUAACACAGCACACAGAUCCAGCUCCGCCUUAUCCUGAGUCCCACAAGCUUAUCCUUUCUGGUGAAAACCAAAUGCUAAUUUUAUACAUAUAAAUAAACAAUCAGAAGUUACCACAGAACUUUUCACAUGCACAAGCACUGACUUUUGUAUGACAAUCUCAGUUCAUUUGAUUCACAAAGAGAAGAGAAUGUAGCUCGAAAGUAGCUGGUGCUCGGAGUGGUUCAGCUGGUUCAGCCUCAUACAUAAUUUUUCACACUCAAGGAUUUUGAUAGUUCUAGGCCUUGGGUUUGGCGAUCGAUCUGAAACCUGCUGCCUUAAGGCUACCACAUAGAAGGAUCACAAUGGCUUGUCCAGCCUGGGACCCCAGACUGACCCUAGAGCACUACUAGUGGCAGGAGGAGAGAAGUGCAGUUUGUUUGCUGAAGAUACCUUUGACUGGCUUGGCUUGGCUUAGGUGGAUUAACCCUUGGUGGCGGCACUCCAGAUCAGCCUCUUAUAAGAGCUUACCAAUGUACUUAGAGGUUCUGAAAUAGUGGUUUGCCUCUAAAUGCUGCCACUUAUUUUUAGAUGCCACCCGACGUAAAUGCCACGUCAGCAAUUACAGAGUGAUUAGACAUGAAGUUGAGUUGAUUGGUGUUAUCUGAAAGGAAUGGUGGCUUUAAUAUCCUACAUAGUGGACUGCAUAAGAAGAUAUUCAGAUAUUUAUGCGUGUUUUUGUUUGAGGGAAGGGACUUGCAUGUGUGUAGGUUUUGUACGUAUCUGUGUGCUUUGUUAAGUUUAGAUUUAUUUAUGUAUUUAUUUGCUAAGUUGCAAUCUUGCCUUGAAGACAUCAACUGCAAACGGUGCAGCCAGAAGACUUUAUGACAUUAAUAUCAAAUGCAAUCCCAUUUUCUUGGAUCGUAGAUCAAUAAU